CGAGGGCAGCGGCGGGAUCAGAGCGCACCCAGCUGGCGUCGCGUAGCAGUGGGUUUCGCGCUCGCUUGCAGCCUCACCGUGUCCGCCGGCCCUAGCGGCACCAUGCACCUCUCCCAGCUGCUCGCCUGCACCCUGCUUCUCACACUACUCUCGCUCCGGCCCUCCGAAGCCAAGCCCGGGGCGCCACCGAAGGGCCCGCGAAGCCCGCCGGGGGAAGAGGUGGCCGAGCCCCAAGCUGCCGGCGGCGGUCAGAAGAAGGGCGAUAAGAGCCCCGGGGGCGGCGGCGCCAACCUCAAGGGCGACCGGUCGCGACUGCUCCGGGACCUGCGCGUGGACACCAAGUCACGGGCGGCAUGGGCUCGCCUUCUGCACGAGCACCCCAACGCGCGCAAAUACAAAGGAGGCAACAAGAAGGGUUUGUCCAAAGGCUGCUUUGGCCUCAAGCUGGACCGGAUCGGCUCCAUGAGCGGCCUGGGAUGUUAGUGUGGCGCCCCCUGGCGACGGACUGGGAAUUGCUCUGCACGCUGAGGUCACCCUUGGUCACCAGCCGCCAGCAUCUGGAAACACCUCCAAUGUGAUGUGGCUUUCACAUUUUUUUUUUUCCCCCUGGUACUGGGAAUACACAACACCAGCUGUUUUAUUAUUAUUUGGGGAGGGGAGGGUAUGAUUUUAUGGUUUGGUCUUUUUCUUGGAAAUGAAAAAUAAAAAGUUAUAUAUUAUAUAUAUAUAUUAUAUACAUGAAACACACACCUACACAGACGUGACGACAAGGGACAGUUUUUAAGAGACUGACAAAACCAGCUGUAAAACAUUGCUGUUUGUAAAUUCAUGUCAUGCAUCAAUGUAUUUAUGUUGUAAAACUAUUUAUAUUGUUUAUAAAGAGAUAUUUAUAAAAAUUUUAUUUAUGUAACUA